AUGUUGGCUGGCUGGUGUGUUGGGGUGGCACUGUGCAUUGCGGCAGGUACGACAGUGGUGCUGUGCCGCUCGUAUGACACGCCUCCAUAUCUCAUCCCGUACUACCUGCGCGACGUGCGCUCGCGAUUCCUACACUACGCGUCGGUGCGGAAGCGCAAGGGUGGGCCCAUGUACAUGACUGUAGAGGACUUUGUGCUGGCGCUCUUGGCCUCGCCGGAGAAGGUGCUGCCGAAUCCGGCCAUCGUGCAGGACCUACAACGCCUCUUCGAGUCUAUGGACGCGAAUGGGGAUGGCUACAUCAGUUUUCCAGAGUUCCGCUUCCUCAUGAGCCUCCUCACGAGCAACCCACGUGAUGUGGAAACACUCUUCCGCAUCGUGGACACCGACAAGUCGGGCACCCUGUCGUUGGAGGAGUUCGCCAACGUGCUUCGCGGCGCCACGAAGGACGAGGCAGUGGUACGCUCGUUGCUGAAGCCGUCGACGCGCCGCAACGGCGUCGUCCGGGCACUCUUUGGCGACGAGGCGGCGCCGCGCAAGUGCUCCCUCAGCGAGCUGGAGGCGGUGAUUCGCAGCGUGCGCACUGAAGUGUGGAAGGCCGAAUUUCGCCAAUACGACGUGGAGCAGCACGACUGCAUCACCGCCGAGGAGUUCGCGGCGCUCAUUGCCAGGCAGGUGCUCGGCUCUCACUUGCCGUAUUACCUGGUGGAGAACAUACGCUGCCUGCACGGCAGCGGCGACGUCGUGACGCUCAACAUGUGGCUGGGGCUGAACGAAGCGAUGCUCUACGCGGACCAGCUAGCCGCCCAUGUGGAGAUGUUCUUGAGCAGCGGUAUGUCGGUGACGAAGCGAGACUUUCACCGGCUCAUGUCUAUGACCGAGGUGUCCGCGUUGCCUAACACCACUGUCGACAUCAUCUUUGCUCUCUUCGACAAGAAUGGCGACGGGUCGAUGGAGAUCGAUGAGUUCCUAUUCAUUAUGCGCAACAAGGUCAGAUACCACUAUAGUGUGCCUCCGCGUAUGCGCAAGAGUCUGCCGAGACGCUUCCUGGAGUGCUCCAGCGAGCUGCUGGCAGACCUUGGACGAUAG